CCUGGCUGUCAAGCAAGUGCCGUAUAAUUAUUCCUGUCAUCGUUGUUGAAAAAUCCUUUACACACACACACAAAAAAAUAAGAAAAUCAAGUUUUUUUUUUCCUCCUCAGUGUUUUUCGUGGAUAUUUCUAGUGUCCGGAAUUCGAGAAGAUGCUGAAGCAAGAGCAGGUGCUCCAGAUCGAGCCCCAAAACGAGCUCAAGUUCGUAGGUCCAUUCAAUCAACCAGUCUCAUCCUACAUGAAACUCUACAAUCCAACUGACAAGAAGGUCAUGUUCAAAAUCAAAACGACAGCCCCGAAAAAGUACUGCGUCAGGCCCAACUCGGGUAUCCUACUCGCCGGCGAAAAAGCGCAAAUCGCCAUUUGCUUGCAGCCAUUCCACUACGACCCGACCGAAAAGAACAAACACAAAUUCAUGGUUCAGACGGUGUUCGCUCCCGAAACUGGCGACACCAACUUGGAAAUAUUGUGGAAGGAGAUCAGUCCCGAACAGCUGAUGGAUUCCAAGCUGAAAUGUGUCUUUGAGUUGCCACCCGAGGAGCAACCUCAGACCCUAGCGGGCGAGUUUCAACGAGCCACCGUGCAUUCAGAUGGUAAUAAUGAAUCGACGAAAGCUGCUGAUUCGCAAGGCAGCGAUUCAGCUGAAUUGGCUAAAGCAGCUAAAGAGAUACAACGAUUACAAGAAGUUGAAAGCGAACUAAGACAAGAAGUGUUGCGUUUAAAAGAAGAAAAAUUGGUAUUGAAAAAUCAAAAGGGCAUGGCGACUACUCCGAAUAGAUACGCGCCUCCCGUGGAGCAACCCCCGACUAUGUAUUUAAUUGCGAUAGCUAUAAUAGUAGGACUCAUGGGAAUUAUGGUAGGCAAGCUUGUGCUCUGAAAAAAUCCCUCGAAACACAACACUGUAAUGUAUAUUUAAUAAAAGUAAAUGCAUCUAAACAUUACCCAUUAUACCUUAUUAUGUAACAUAAAUGAAAAUUUUUUGGUGGCCACUCGCUCUCGAGUUUAUUCCUAGAGAUUCUUGUGUAAAUAACUAAAGGGCGGGGCUUAAAAAUAAAUACUGGUUAGUAAGUUUUAACUAUUUCGCACUAUUUUUUUAUUUUAUUUUGUUUGUGAGUGUUUCAAAUAAAAUUGUCUAGCGUCUACUUUUUGGGGAAGGAUCUUGUUUGUUUUUAUUCUCUGUACAUAUUAAUAAAUCGAAGUAUUUUUUUAUCUGAAACACCCCACUUUUGCAAUACAGUGUUUUUAAGGGCUGCGAGUCUAUUAUUCCCUGAUCCUUGGAUCAAAGACGAAUCCUUUCUUUUGAGGAUCUUGUGUUAUUUUGCAGACUGUAUUGGGUCUAUAAAAUAUUUGUUUUUUUUUUUUAAUUAGUAUGUGCGCUUUAAUUUUUAAGUUUAUCAUUAUUUGUAUACAACAAUAUUGGUUUAGUGUUUUAGAUGAGUAAAUAUUCAAUAAUUUUUAGAUUUGGAAAAUAUAAAUGUUUGAAAAGUUUUUUUUUUUUUUU